AUGGCAUCCUCUACCCUUCCAUCACACUUAGCCGGUCCACGUCUAUCUUCACCCAAGAUGGUUCAAGCUACCAUGACAUGCUCGAUUGUAUUAACGCUAGCUUUUGGGUUCAUGGUGCUUGCCUCAGGUGUAGCGGCAGCUCCUGCAACACCAUUUUUCGGUCGGGACCCUGUAGAGAUUCAAGAGUGCUUGGCAACCAUCAAGGCACACGCAGAUAUUUGCUUGCAAGAGGUUGCAUCCUUGGUGCUGACCUUUCAAAAGAACUUAGUCGGCCCUAAAUGUUGCAGUGCCUUGGCUGUAAUUGAUGACAAGUGCAAGCCUAAAGGAUUUAGUUUUGAUCCUUUCUUGCCUCCAUUGUGGAUCAGGAAACGCUGUGCUUCGCUAUUAUCUGCUCCAAGUCCUGAUCCAGUCGUGCCAAGUUCUACAUAA